AUGCCGACAGAUUUAGGAAAUGUGGCGGGAGCUGCUGGCUCUGCGGGCUCUGUGGCAGCCGUUCCUCAGGCUCCAGCUGAGAACAACGACGGAAUGGCGCCUGCGCAAGUUGCUGCGCUCGUCGUUCUUCUUAUCGUCAUGGUCUUGACCUUCCUGCAAAAUUCGACUUCCAGCAACACAACAACCAAGAGACGGAAUGUGAGCCGACCCGAUGACGGCAGCGACAGAGACAGCGGCGGCCGCCCUGGUCCUUCUGUCGCGUGA